ACCCCUCGAUGCGAAGGCAAGUCUGGCCGCAGAGCGCCGCCCUCCCCAUUCCCCCGCCCCUCCUCCCUGCGAAAUCAUUCGCUGCGGGCUUGCAAUCACCGGUAGAAACGCAGAAACGAAAAAGUCUCAGUGUCAUCCUCAGUCUUAGUCACGCAAUCCGCCCGAAAUCCAGGCUUGCCGAACCGAAACCACUACCCCCUCCGACCAAAACCCCCCCCAAAACAAGGGCUGCUAGAGACGUUCCAUUCUGUCGUGUCAUCCCAAAAAAGAAGAAAAGUAGGAAAAGACAAACAGGUCGCGCAUCCAACACCGCCAUCCCACCGAUUCAGGAAUCCAUCGACAAAAGAAGAAGAGGAGGAAGAAGAAAAAGACCAGAGCAGAACGAGCACCUACUAGUCCCCGUCAUCCCCCGUCUCUUCCGCCGCCCGCUGCCUUGUGCCUAGGCACCGACCUACCGAUAGCCGCAUCCCGAGACGAACCACACUUCUCUCACGCACACACGCACACUCCCUCGCACACUACCAUCUAGACGUAUCUCCAUCUGUUCUCCCUCCGACUCCAAGGAGCCAACCUCAAAGCAACUUCCCUCAAUUUGCCGCCGCCGUCGCCGCCGAGUUUAUCUCUCCCUUGCCUCCCGACAAGGGACGAAGCAACAGGCGCGGAACGGUUGAUGCGAGCUGGAACGUUCCGGCUGUUCUCGUCGCAAGCGUCCCGCCCCCCGACCCCUCCCCUCCGGCGUCUCAGCACGCUGCGUAACAACCUCCCCGCCGCCCGAAACACCACCACCAAGAACAACAAAAACAACCACAGCAACCUCACGAUGGUCGCCACCCCCGAGACCAUCGAGGCCAUGACGCCUCCCGGCUACAACUUCCCGGAACACCGCCUCCGCCUGCAGCAGUCCGAACCCGACCGCGAGCCUCUUGUCCUCGUCGCCCCGGGCUCCUACAGCCCCAUCACCUUCCUCCACCUGCGCAUGGCCGUCAUGGCCGCCGACUACGUCCGCUACAACACAAACUUCGAGCUCAUCGGCUCUUACCUGUCCCCCGUCUCCGACGCCUACAAGAAGCGCGGCUUGGCCCCCGCCUGCCACCGCCGCCGCAUGUGCGAGAUUGCCGCCGAGCAGACUUCGCGCUUCCUCAUGGUCGAUCCCUGGGAGGCCGAGCAGACGGCUUACGUGCCCACCGCCGUCGUCCUCGACCACUUUGAGCACGAGAUCAACGUCAAGCGUGGCGGCUGCAACGGCAAGCGCGUCCGCAUCGCCGUUCUCGCCGGCGCCGACCUCAUCAACACCAUGAGCCAGCCCGGCGUCUGGUCCCCCUCCGACCUGCGCCACAUCCUCGGCGACUUUGGCGCCUUCGUGCUCGAGAGGGCCGGCGUCAACAUUGACGAGGCCCUCGGCAACCUCAAGGAAUACGAGGACCAGAUCUACUACAUCCCGCAGGUCGUCCCCAACGACGUGUCGAGUACCAAGAUCCGGCUGUUACUGAGGAGGAAUAUGAGCAUCGAUUACCUCAUCCCCGCUGAGGUCAUCAAGUAUAUUGAAGAGCACGGCCUGUAUCACGAAGACGAUGCCGCGACAAACGACAAGGGAAAGGAGAAGGAGGUGCAAUAGGAGUCACCUGCACGAAUUCCCCAUUAGCGAAUGAUUUGUAGAAAAAGAGGGAGAGGCGAUCAGAUCACCGCGAAAGACAGACAAUGAGAAAGAGAGAGAGAGAGAGAGAGAGAGAGAGAGCUAGGGAUCUCGCAGAGCAGAGAGAGACGGGGAAAUUACUGGCGUGUGGAUAUCAGCGUUUGGAUUUUGCGAGACGACGGCACAAUGUUCUUUUUAUCAGUUUCCCUUUUUUUCAUUAUUUUCCUGGGUUUAAUCAGGUGCAUCGGGCGGGUCAUGUCCCCAUGAGACAUAUUACACAUCUUUUCCAACUACAGGGACUUCUCCCGGCUACAAUCAGAACUUCCCCUCGGGAUCGGCCCCGCGCCGGUCGAGACAUUUUAAGUACUCC